GCGAUACACCGAUCAAAGAGUCGCGAUCUUUGAAAGUUUGUUUGAAACAAUGACAUUGAAAACGUAAAGAUCUAAGCUGAGCUGUGGUAACGUUUACUGGAUUAAACUGGGCAACACUGAACUUCAGGGUUGCUAUCAAAAUUGAUAAAACUGUUGUGAUUAUAGGAUUUUCUGAUUUCUGUAUACCGUUAAAUAAGGGUUCGUUGCGGGUUCUUCAACAUAUGGCUUCAUCGGCAGUUGGAUUGAGGAAGGAGUAAGAGUCGACGCAGCAGUGGUGGGUGUAGUAUUAUAAUUGCUUUGCUUCUGGCGCACGCUAUCACUGUAUCCACAGCUGGUGCUAUACGUUGAACAGAAGAUGGACUUACAACAUCAUUAUCAUUUAUUUGUUGCCGCUGUUCUCUUUCGUCAAAUUACAGAGCAAACCAACUGGGCGACUAGUUUGUGGACAUGCGUCAAUUCGACAACAAGCGAGAUAAGAUAAGAGGAGCAAAACACGUUCCAGUUGAAACCAAAGUGUGAAACCACAAGGACUACAACAAGGUCAUAGAAGGUCGGAUAUACGUUUACAAUACAACAUUUCGACAAAUUUGAGACGUAUUCAAUCCGUUAGCCCGCCAACGGGUUCCGCAACAACUCGUGACGUCAUGAGCACGCCCUUGAUCCACGUGCAGAUGGAGGACCCCUCGGAGUUCACACCCGAGCACAAGGACAAGUCCGAGUUCAGGGAUUUCCGUAUGCACAAUGUCCCCGAACGAGUUAAACGGGUGUACAGCGAAAUGCACCGAAAGCAAACGUACGCGUUCGUAAAUCAGAAGAUGUCCGAGUGGUGUCGAUUCGACCACGCGGAGAUCACCGUCAUGGAAGCGCUGGAGAUACUCUCCUCCUACCUCGACGAGAGUGACCCGGAUGUGGACAUGCCCAACUCCAUACAUGCUUUCCAGACUGCAGAAGGUAUCCGGGAGGCGAACCCCGACAAGGAGUGGCUGCAGGUGACUGGUCUGAUCCACGACAUAGGUAAACUCAUGGCCGUCUGGGGGGAGCCGCAGUGGUGCGUCGUCGGCGAUACGUUACCCGUCGGAUGCGCACCCAGCAAGCGCAUCGUCUUCGAUGCGCAGUACUUUGCAGAAAACCCGGACAUGGAUGAUCCAACGCUAAACACGCGCCUUGGUGUGUACACGGAGAACUGUGGCCUGGAGAACGUGCUCAUGAGCUGGGGUCACGACGAGUACCUGUACCGCGUGCUCAAUGCAAACACCUGCCACCUACCGGACGAGGCCCUAUACGCUAUCAGGUUCCAUUCGUUCUACCCGUGGCACACGAGCGAGGACUACAUGUUCCUCUGCAACAACAAGGAUUUGGAGAUGCUUCAGUGGGUCAGGGAGUUCAACAAGUUUGACCUCUACACCAAGUGCCCGGAUACGCCGGACAUCGAGCAACUCAAGCGUUACUAUGGCAACCUCGUCGAGAAAUACGUACCGGGCAAACUGAAGUGGUGAUGGUUUUCUAUGGUCGGAUGAAGCCCUUAUGGAAUGUUGAAUUGGGUCGCAAUGUUUUGAAGAUUUAAAUUUAGAUCCAAACUUUGAAAAUGUAUGCAAUAACUGUAGAAAUUGUAAUGGAAAUACAAACAGCGUUUUAGAAAUGCCAUGAUGAUGUUUUAAAACGAUUUCUAAACUAUUUGCUAUUAAUAUGUAAACAUUUGAAUAUUAUAUAGUCCAACAUUACAAUCAUUUUCCUCUUACAUUUCUUCCAUAAAAAAGAAAUUUAAACACGAAACAAAUGAUAAGGACACAGCAACGCUAUCAAACACUUACACAGCAUGCGUAUAUUCGUCAAAAUGUUAUGUCCACUUAGCUAUUAAAAUCCUUCUUUAUUACUUUGCAGUGUUGCAAUAUUUACGUAACGUAUAAACCGCUACCAUUGUUCAUUAUUUUAACGCCGUUCUUAUUUCCAGAAUCCGUUCGCGCUUUGCAUUCAUGAAAUAACUUCAUAUCAAUCUUGCUUUCCGUUUACAAUAAUACAAAAUCACUGAUUAUUUUGACGGUAUCUUGCUUUAAUCAUUUAAUACUGAGUAUAGUAUAUAUCCAUUCAAAUAUCAAACAGCGUAUUUUUCGAUACUUAGAGAUUAAUUCAAUAAAUGAAAACCAUAGGUCACAUAUUCCACAAUACAGAUUC